UGCACUAAAUUUGGCUCCGACUGCUGGAUGGUGCGUCCAGCCAGUGAGUUCUAGAAUGGGAAGUGCAUCGCGGAAAUUGUGGCCCUUGGUUGAGGGUCCCCGAAGCUAUGGAGACCGAGGCACCCAGACAAGGGUCAAAACGACCUGAGGUCGGGAUAGGUGAAGCAUUUUCGGCUACAUCAAUCCGGGUGUGGACUCAGGUGAAAUAGAGAAGCUCUCAUAGGUUACUUUGUGAGAAUUCUACACGAAUGUUCAGUAGUCAAGUUAUGAAACUGGGAUUGCAAACGGAGAAUCUGACUGUAAUGGAGUGAUUUCAGGAAGAAUGUGUUUUCUGAGUAGCAAGGGGCAUACAGAAGUGAGGAGAAAGGACUGUGAGUUGCGUGAGGGAGUGUUGGUGAAAAGAAUAGCGGAUCUGGGUGCAGAAGUCGCGUAAGGGAUGCUAGGAACUCGGCAGAGUAGAUCGGGUGCCUUAGCUAGGGAAACGUCGCCACUAGCUAGUCAAUUGCAGCAGGCAUGGCUUCAGUCUCAGAUUCAGUCACAGGCGCCAAAGCAUCAGAAAAGGGGGUUCACGACGCUGGGGGAAGACGAUGUUUCUGUGCAAAAUCGAGUAGUUCAGCAGUUCCAUCAGGUAGCGUCGGACCUUUCUUCAAUUGUGGCAGAUCACGCUAACCAUACUGGGUUCCCUAAUGUCGUCGAAAAAGAGGAGUUGUACUUCCACAAGACUAGGCUUGAGAUGCCAGAGUUUCCGAGGAGACCUGAAACCCCACAGCUCGUCUCGUAUUCAAGGAAAGCGGACAAGCCCCAGAAGCCAAGGUCUGGUAAUUUUUUAGAAAGGAGAUCCUCAUCUUAUUCCAGCUUGUCAUCUGCUAGUUCCGGUUCCCUCUCCCCUACUUCUACGGUUAGCUUUGAGUCAGUCCAAUUACAUCAAGAAUUCGAUGCUCCUCUUGAUGUUGCAGAUUAUGCGAUCAGUGGCACUUUAGAUCUUGCCUGUCAAAGCGAACCACUCGUCCGAUUCCUAGAUGGUAUGCUCGCGGAGGACAAUAUGGAUGGGAAGAAGUUCACGUUGCAAGAAGGAUUUGAUUAUCACGCCAUAGCCAAGGAAUUCGACGAUAUUGCUAGGCCAAACUUGGCUUCCGAAUACGGUAGCAGUGAUUUCGCAGACGGGGACUACGACAUGAGUUGGGCAUCCAUGGGGAUCUUGCCAACCGAAGAAGCUGUGGCGGACAAGCUUAUUCAUGCAUACACCUCCAACCUUAACAAGCAUGUCACGGAUGUCUCUGAAAACGUGGAUUCCAGCACAUGGGUCAAUGAGGGUGACGCGUGCACUGACCACUCGGAUCAGUCGUGGGAUUGGUACCUAGAACGUCUUCGGCCAAACCCCACAGGUCGUUCACUAAGUUCGUCCAUUUUCCAGGGUGAUUCCCUCGGCCAAGACAUGUCGCCGGACGCUCUCUCUGCUUUCCCUGCGGUUUGCGUGGACUUGAAGACACUGUUACUCAAGUGCGCGUUUGUCGUGAGUAAAGACGAUGUGAGAACUGCGAAUGAUUUGAUAAGAGAGCUACGGAUGCAUUCAUCAGUUCACGGAACUGCUCUUCAGCGGAUGGCAUACUACUACAUGGAAGCCUUGGUUGCCAAGAUGUCAGGAACAGGUCCACAGCUCUACAUGGCAAUUACUAGCAACACUCCAUCAACUGCGACAAUGUUGAAAGCCCAUCGUUUGUUUGUUGACUACAGCCCUUACAUCAAGGUUACUCACUUUUUCUCCACCAAAACUAUUCUCGAUGCCUUUGAAGGUGCUGAUCGAGUGCAUUUGGUUGAUUACGGAGUCGCGUAUGGAGCACAAUGGCCAUGCCUCAUCCAGCGCCUGUCUCAAAGGAAAGGGGGGCCACCUCACCUGCGCAUUACAUGUAUUGAUCUGCCGCAACCGGGAGGGAAGGUAUCUGCGAGGGUGAAAGAAGUUGGCUGCAGAUUGGCGGAGUUUGCACAACUAUGGGAAGUCCCAUUCGAGUUUAAUGCAUUGGCUGAUAAAUGGGAAUCAAUCACUUCUGCCCACCUGAAUUUGAAUCAGGAUGAGGUGCUGGCGGUAAAUUGCCAGUAUAGACUUCGUAACCUUUUGGACGAAUCAAUAAUGGCUGCUAGCCCUAGAAAACUCCUGCUUGAAAAGAUCCGAUUUAUGAAUCCUAAGGUAUUCAUUAUGUUGACCGUGAAUGCGAACUAUAACGCACCCUUCUUCAUGACCCGUUUUAGAGAAAGCAUGAAAUAUUAUUUCACGAUGUUUGAUGCCAUGGAAGUAUCGAUGCCCGCGAAUGACCCGGAUCGAGUGAUCCUCGAGAGGGAGUUUUACGGACGAGAAAUUCUCAACAUCGUUGCGUGUGAAGGAGUGGAAAGAGUGGAGCGUGCCGAGCCGUAUAGACAAUGGCAGACUCUCACGCAGCGAGCUGGGUUCACACAAAAGCCAUUGUCACCCAUCAUCGCCUCUAAAAUCAAGGCCAUGAUGGGAUCAUAUCACAAAGACUACGGCGUCGGAGAAGACGGCAGCUGGUUCCUCAUGGGAUGGAAGAACCAAAUCGUGCGUGCGAUGACAGUGUGGGAGCCCACAUCAGCGACAACAGUCACCUAGAGUCCACCCCCCAUGCUGUUAUGAACGUCACCACGAUUCCAGCCUUCUCACGAUGGUGACCACCUCACUACUGGUUCACAGAACCGUUUUUUCCCCUAUUAAGAUUGGCGGAGGAUCAAUAAGUCAUCCCUUUGAGAAAGAGAACAUCUUCUAGCUGCAAACCUCACGGGAGGCCUCUCCACGACCUGAUUGUUGAAUCCAUCGACGACGACACCCCCUCCCACCCCAGUGUUGCGAAAGAAGGCCAUCUUUCUCCCCAUCCUCCGCCUCUCUCCUGCAGCAGCUUAAAGAAUCUGUACAUUGCGUCGACAUCUCUAGAGCAUGGUCCGGCACCUCGAUCGUUUCAGACGAUCGUCGGUGAAGAAGAGACUGGUUAAGGGAGGAGGCUCAGCCUCACAAUAGCACCAGGGGUUGUUGAGCCUUGUUUUCCACCAUCUAUGCUGGUUCCGGCAAGUUAACCCACAUGUGACGCAUCCAGCACGAUCAGCUUCCGAUGCACCAACGCAUGGGAUUCAAGCAAUCUGCGCUUGUCAGUCGGUGCUGUGAUGGUUGCAGCGGCGCCGACUCCUCCUCUAGGCUCUACGUUACCCCUGCACCAUGUGGGUAUUUGUAUUUUUACCGAGUGUUCGGCGUCUCAUCCACAUCGAUGGAAGUUUUGCAACGUAGGCUAGAAGUUGUGGCAUCAUGGCAGACGAUGAUGAUGUAUCCACAGAAUCCCUUGUCUUGUCCACAAAUCACUAGAUUUUCUAAUCUGAGUACACGGCGAUGUUUGUGUGAUUUGUGGUUUCUUCGUGUUACCACCCCGGCAACCGGGAACUGCACUUCACUUUCUAGAUUAAUCCUGUUUAUGACAACACGAUGUUUGCAGUUUGGUUGUUUUUCUUUUUUUGUAUUAUUGUUGUGGAUACUUUUGUGUUAAAAGAUGGGAUGUCUUAGGUAUGGACGACGAGGCCGAUUCUAACCUGUAUGAAGUAUGAACUGAAAUGAGAGACAUGGCUCUCUCACAUGCUCUUGAAACUAAAAAAAUACAGUUUAUAUAA